AUGUCUGACAACAAUGCCGUGUACGCUCGAGACGAUUCACAACCUGUCACCAUUUCCUCUGGUCGAGAUGGACUCUGUCUGUCCCUCCCUCAAGGAGAUUCGACGCCAGCAGGCAACGGUGUACCCGUCAUCUCGAUGGAUUGUGAUCAAGCUUCUGGAUGGUACAUUGAUCGAGGAUCAGGUUCAGUCUUGCUCGCUGCGGACCCUACAUAUGCUUUGGACGCUGGUCAAUGGCCUGGAAACUUUGGAAGUCUGAAAAUCUGGACAAGUUACCCUGGACUCUAUCAACAGACCUGGUACUACACCAACGAUGACCGGAUCGCCAUCACGGGAGGAAACCAAUGUCUCGAUGAAGGUGAUAAUGGUAUCCAGACAUAUCAGUGUACCAACAACGAUGGCAACCAGGGUAGGUGUCCUCUUUCUCUCUCUCUCUCUCCCUCUAUCUCCCUUGAUUGCCUUGCUCACUUCAACAUAGUGUGGUACACUACCGAGAUUGAAUACUGCGACUAG